AUGUUUUCUCUUGCGUUAGGCAAAGAACCUAUUCAUGCAUUUACUUGGUCGAACACCAAUACUAGUCUUUAUUAUGCAACACGAACUUCAUGGACCAAUGAAUCUGAAUCUGCCUACAAGAAUGAAUGGAAAGAUGUGAUUGAACAUCGAGAUAGAGACCGAGGCGACACAAUCUAUCGUGUUGAUUUUGAAGAUUUAACACAACCUCGGAUCGAGAUUGUGACGAAUAUUUCAUUACGAGUGGUCGAAUUGAUCUGUUCAUCGGAUGGCAAACGUCUCGUCUUUUCCACUGAAUCUAGAUCAAGACAAAUUGAAUUUAUGAAAGACUACGAACUAUAUUCGCUCGAUUUGAUCAAUCAUUCACCGUUCACUUCAAUUCAAUUGACGAACAAUCAGGCUAUUGAACGGAAUUUGAAAUGGUUCAAUAAUGAUUUCAUAUUAUUCACAGUUACUGGUGAAGGAUCUAUCGAAGGUGAAUAUCGUGAUACUCAAGGACGACUCUAUUCAUUGAAUGUUAUUGAUGGUGGAAUCCAUCGUUGGGCUAAUCAAUUUACGGGCUCAAUAACAAAUUAUGCUUUACUGGAACAUGGACAACAAGGUGUAAUUAUACUUGGCCAACUGAAUACUGAGGUUCAAGUUUAUACUCAACAAUCACCAACUAGUCCAUUGAUCAAACAAACAGGAUGGAAUGGAACCUAUGAAAAAUUAGUCACUACUUAUGUAGGCAAUCUAUCUACGAUAGCUUUUAUUCAUUCAUCAUUGGACACACCACAAGAAGUUUACUUCGUUAACUCCAUUGAUUGUCUUAACACUGCUCAGAUAGUGACAAAGGAGAACGAAAUAUUUACUCAACGGAACUUACCGAAGGGCAAAUCAUAUCGAUGGUUGAAUAAAGAGGAUGGCACUGAAAUUGAAGGCGUUCUUCUCUAUCCACCAGACAAAUUUGAACAGAAAAAUUUAUCUUUACUAAUACUUAUUCAUGGUGGACCUUAUACUGCCCGUUUGAAUGCAUUUCGUUCAGACUGGUAUUCUUGCGCUAUGAUGAUAGCUACCGAAGAUUGGCUUGUCCUACAGCCUAAUUAUCGAGGUUCGACAGGUACUUAUCAUCUUACAGGCUACGGUGAUGAAUUUCUUCACGAUGUUAUACACGAGUUUCUUUCUCGACCUGGCAAAGAUAUUCUGUAUGGUGUCGAUGCUUUGAUACGAGAUGAAAUAGCAAAUCCCAAAAAGCUAGCCAUUGGCGGAUACAGUUAUGGUGGAUAUUUAACAAAUUGGCUAAUUACACAAACAACUCGUUUCAAUGUUGCUCUUACUGGUGCUGGUGGUGUUGAAAAUGUGGUCGAUUGGGGGACGAAUGAUAUGCCAAUAAGUAAUUUCUAUUUCUUAGAUGGUUUUCCGUGGGAAAAACCAGAUCGAUAUCAAAGAGAAGCUACAAUAUUUCAACUGGACAAAGUUCGAACACCAACACAUAUUGUAACUGGUGAAAAUGACAUUCGAGUUCCAGUUGCACAUAGCUAUGUACUAGAACGAGCACUUUAUUCGCUUAAUGUUCCACAUAAAUUGAUCGUCUUUCCAAAUGAAGGUCAUAAUAUCGAUAGAAAUCCAUGGCAUGAAAAAAUUAAAAUUCGAGAAGAAUUAAAAUGGCUUCAUAAAUACGGCCAUAUAUGUGUAUCGACAUGUGAAGAAUCUUUAUUUUCAUACGGUACUAAUUAA